AUGGCGGAACAUCUGGCGUCCAUCUUCGGCACGGAGAAGGACAGGGUGAACUGUCCCUUCUACUUCAAGAUCGGCGCGUGCCGCCACGGCGAUCGCUGCUCGCGUCUUCACAACAGGCCGACCAUCAGUCCGACUCUGCUCCUGGCCAACAUGUACCAGCGGCCCGACAUGGCGACGCCAGGCGGCGAGCCGGACAAGACGAUGGAUCCGAAGAAGAUUCAGGAGCACUACGAGGACUUUUACGAGGAUCUGUUCGAGGAGCUCAGCAAGUACGGCGAGAUCAACAGCCUCAACAUCUGCGACAACCUCGCCGACCACAUGGUGGGCAACGUGUACGUCAACUUCCGCGAGGAGGAGCAGGCUGCGACGGCUCUCAGAGCGCUCACCGGCCGAUUCUAUGCAGGGCGGCCCAUUCUGGUGGACUUCUCGCCCGUCACCGACUUCCGCGAGGCCACGUGUCGCCAGUACGAGGAGAACACGUGCAACCGCGGCGGCUACUGCAACUUCAUGCAUUUGAAAAAGAUCAGCAGGGAGCUUCGACGGAAGCUAUUCGGAGACAGGAGGAGGAGCCGCAGUCGCAGCCCCCCUCGCGGCGGCGGCGGCCGCUACGACCGUUACGACGACCGUCGCGGCGGCGGUUACGGCCGCGGGGGCGGCGCGGAACGGCGCGCGAAGAUCGAACAGUGGAACCGCGCGCGGGAGGAGCGCGACAGGCCUCCUGCUGGGGGAGGGGGAGGCGGAGGGUACGAGGGAGGGGAUCGCGGGGGUGGCGCAGACAGGGGUGGGUACCAGGGCGGAGGCGGGGGAGGGUACGAUGGAUACAAUGGCGGGACGGAGCUCCGCCGCGCGACUAUGGUCCGCCAGUUGACGCGCGGGGGGGCUAUGGGCCUCCUCAAGGGGACUACAGGGGCGCGCCAGGGGGGUACGGGGGUUACCAGGAUGGCAGGGACGGAGGAUACGGCGCUGGUGGUGGCGGUGGUGCACCUCCUGUGCUGCCGCCGCAGCAGCAGCAGCAUGAUCGGCGGGAGUAUGAUGGGUAUGGAGCAGGAGGUGGAGGGGACAGGCGCGACUACCCUCCGCAGCAGUACUAAGCCCCUGGUGCACUGCACUGGAACCCUGCUGAGGGUGUGUGCUGUGGCCUAUUGUUGUGCUGGUUUGGGCGUUUCCGUAGCUGCAGGGCAGCAGCGCCUCGGCUCUGAAGUCAGCUUCCAAGGGUCUCAUCUGCAGAGCACGUGGGCGCAGCACCUCAUUCUCUCGUCGUGA